AGAGGAGGAGAGUUGAGUGAGUGAGAGAGAGAGAGAGAGAGAGUGAGAGAGAGAGAGAAAGAGAGAGAGAGAGAGACCUCGGCGGAGAGGAGGAGAGAGAGAGGGGAAGAGAGCUCCGUCUCUCCCGGUGCACUUGGCAGUCUAGUUGCGGGCUGCUGUGCUGUUGCUGUCGUGGCGUGGCUGGUCGCGCCAGGCGGGGAACUUCACCACACUGGAGCCCGGAGUUCCACUCUCUCACCUGCGCAGUUCGGAGCUGCCAUGGGUCUCUCGCCUGGAUUUACUGUCCUAAUUAUUUUACCGGCCUUUCUGCUGCACACCAGCGGCCUUUACAUCGCCAGUAGCGUCGACUCCCUGCAGCAUGUCCUGGGGGAGUAUGGACUGGUGAGGCCGAUCAGUGUGGACGCAGAGGGCCGCUUCCUGUCACACGCCGUCUCGGCUGGCCGCAUGGCAGGAGGGCAGUCCCGUAGGCGCCGGAGGAGGGAGGUAGGAGUAGGCAAUGAUGAGUGGGGAGGACCCAAAGGAGAGCCAGUGGCCUUUCGGGAAAGGCUUUACUACAACGUCACCCUCUUCGGCCGGGAGUUCCACCUGCGUCUGCGUCACAAUGCCAGGCUGGUGGCCCCCGGAGCCAAGAUGGAGUGGCAUGAUGACAGUGACAGUUCCCGGCACUCUGAACCGCUGCACGAUGAAUGCUUGUACGUGGGGGACAUCACAGACAUUCCAGGAGCCACUGUGGCUAUCAGCAACUGUGACGGCCUGGCUGGUAUGAUCAGGAUGGAGCAAGAGGAGUUUUUUAUCGAGCCGGUGGAGAGGGGCGAAGGAGUGAUAGAAGAGGAGGAGGAGGAGGAGGAGGGGGGAAGGACACACAUCGUCUAUCGCUCCUCAGCCGUAAAGAAAGCGCCCAUCAGCAGCACGACGGCAGACUACCACUCCAGAGGUGCUGAUCUCGGCGGUCUGAUGGACCUGGAGUCUCUGUACCGCGGUGUGGAGCAGAGUAUCAACCACACGCGAGCGGGGCGGAUGCGCAGACAGAGCCUUGACAGGGCCUACAACAUCGAGGUGCUGCUGGGCGUCGACGACUCUGUGGUCCAGUUUCACGGGAAGGAGCACGUCCAGAAGUACCUGCUCACACUCAUGAACAUAGUGAAUGAGAUCUACCAUGACCAGUCUUUGGGAGCAAAGAUCAACGUGGUGCUGGUGCGGAUUAUCAUGCUGGGCUACGGCAAGUCCAUGAGUCUGAUUGAACUGGGGAACCCAUCUCAGAGUCUGGAGAACGUGUGUCGCUGGGCCUUCCUGCAGCAGAAGCAAGACACAGGGGACGCUGAGUAUCACGAUCACGCCAUCUUCCUCACACGACAGGAAUUUGGCCCCACGGGCAUGCAGGGUUACGCCCCAGUGACAGGCAUGUGCCAUCCGGUAAGGAGCUGCACGUUGAACCAUGAGGACGGUUUCUCCUCUGCCUUUGUGGUGGCACACGAGACCGGACACGUGCUGGGGAUGGAGCACGAUGGCCAGGGGAACCGCUGUGGGGAUGAGGUGCACAUGGGCAGCAUCAUGGCUCCGCUGGUGCAAGCUGCCUUCCACCGAUUUCACUGGUCCAGAUGUAGCAUGCAAGAGCUGGGACGCUACCUUCAUUCCUAUGACUGUCUCCGUGACGACCCCUUUGACCACAACUGGCCCUCGCUGCCUCAGCUUCCUGGUUUGCACUACUCCAUGAACGAACAAUGUCGCUUCGACUUCGGUGUGGGCUACACGAUGUGCACCGCGCUACAAAAGGCGGGCCAGUCAGGAACGCAGUAUCGAACAUUUGACCCAUGUAAGCAGCUGUGGUGUAGCCACCCAGACAAUCCCUUCUUCUGCAAGACCAAGAAAGGACCGCCCAUUGAUGGCACUAUGUGCGGGAAUGGGAAGCAUUGCUUUAAAGGUCACUGCAUCUGGUUGACACCUGACAUCAUAAAGCAAGAUGGAAACUGGGGCUCGUGGAGUCAGUUUGGCCAGUGCUCCCGCACCUGUGGUGGAGGAGUGCAGUUUCGCACACGAGACUGUGACAAUCCAAGACCAGCCAACGGGGGCCGUACCUGUGUGGGCGCGACUUACCAGUUUCAGAUGUGCAACACCAACGAGUGCGAGGAUAUCUACAGUGACAUGCGAGAGGAGCAAUGCCACGCUUGGGACCCCCGCUUUGAAAUCCACAGCAACAAGCAUCAAUGGCUGCCUUAUGAACACACAGACCCUAACAAACGCUGCCAUCUGCAUUGCCAAUCCAAGGAGACAAGAGAUGUGGUCUUCAUGCAGAGAAUGGUCCUAGACGGCACACGCUGCUCAUACAAGGACCCUCACAGCGUGUGUGUGCGUGGGGAGUGUGAGAAAGUGGGCUGUGACGGUGUGGUCGGCUCCUCAAAGCAGGAGGACAAGUGUGGAGUGUGUGGAGGAGACAGCUCCAGCUGCAAAACCUUCAAAGACACCAUCACACGUACUGCCAAGAAACAAGGUUUCCUCAAAGUUCUUGAAAUCCCAAGAGGAGCGAGACACUUACUGAUCCAAGAGCUGAAAGCGACCUCACACACUUUAGCUGUAAAGAACGUUGCAUCGGGACUGUUCUUCUUGAACGGGGAAAACGAUUACCCAGAAUCCCACUCGGUCAUAGAAAAGGGCGUGGAGUGGGAAUAUGAGAAUGACAACGACAAGGAGACACUUCAGACCACCGGUCCACUCAGACAUGGAAUUCUGAUAAUGAUGAAAUUACAUGGAGAUGAGGAUGUGAAUCUGUCUUAUAAGUACAUGAUGAACAUGGACAGUGACUCUGGCAUUCAGAACAACAUGCUGGUAGAGGACAGUGCCUAUGAGUGGGCUCCAAAGAAAUGGUCCUACUGUUCCAAACCCUGCAGCGGAGGGAAACAAUACCUGCGAUACGGCUGCAGAAGAAAAGUUGACAGUAAGAUGGUCCACAAGAGCUUCUGUAACAAAUCCAACAUGAAACCUAGAGGAGACAUCAGAGACUGCAACCAGAAGCCCUGCCCUCCACCGAUUUGGGUGACAGCAGAGUGGCAGAACUGCAGCAAACCAUGUGGAAAGACGGGGAUGCAAAUCCGCUCGCUCAGCUGUGUCCAGCCGUCAGAUGACAACACCACACGCUCCAUCCGCAAUAAACACUGCAACAACCAACGGCCAGAGACUCGCAGACCCUGCAACCGAAACCCCUGCCCCACCCAGUGGAGAGUCGGACCGUGGUCACCGUGCUCAGUGACAUGUGGUAAUGGGACCCGGCAGAGGCAGGCUCUGUGCCACACCAGGGACAACACCAUCGGCCUGUGUCUGGACAGUAGGCCUGACAACAUCAUAGUCUGUCGCCUGGAUCCAUGUCCCAAGGGCUCAUCAGACCUCAACAAGAACGGCAACAUCCUGAUCCAGUGGCUGUCUCGCCCCAACCCCAACUUCCCGAAGAUCUCCUUACGCCAGCGUUGUCAUGGAGACCGCUCCGUGUUCUGUCGUAUGGAGGUGCUGAAGCGCUACUGCUCUCUACCGGAGUUCCAGCGCAUGUGCUGCAAGUCCUGCAGCAAUGUCACCAUUACAGAGCUUCUACCCAACUCCACCUCCACAUCCAGCCCCAUGACCUCCAUUCUGCUCAGUGUUACAGCUCCUCCACCCACCAGCACCCUCAGCUCUGGCUUCACCACCAUCCAACCCACCAGAGCUGUCAUCACCACCAUAUCAGCUUCUACCAUCAAUCCCUGGACCACCACUCACCCUCCUACCUUUAACACUGCUGUUCCUCAUUCCACGCUUUCCCCACUAAGUGUUACACAAAUGAUCACAACUCAUCCUUCAGCUGCCACCAUUGCUCCUGUCCUCCCCAGAACUUUUUCCAUGGCAACCACCUCAAUUAUUAAGACUUUUCUCAGUGUUACUACUCAUCCCCUACCUCUGUCUCCCCCAGACAUAGACGAGAACACAGACCCACAGUUACAGAGUACUACAAAUAAUCCAACAACAUCUGGUAUAAUAACUACCACAUACCUGCCAUCUACAACCAGUCCAACUAUGACGAACCCGACACAAUGUAGUACAAAAACAGAUGCCUCACUAAAAUCCAAGCCCAAAAAGAUUAUGCCAAAGAAAAAACCCAAAAAGGUGUUUCCACCAAAGAUCACUCAAAAAAAAAAUAUUGCACAAAAAAAUACUACGAGAAAAAAUGUUUCACCAAAGAUCAAUCCCAAAAAUAAAACAAACGCUACUCCAAAAAAGAGUACACCAGAGAACAGCAAUCCCCCCAAAAAUACACUAGAAAAAACAACCCCCAAAAAGACUACUCCACCAAACAAUACUCCCAAAAAGACAACUCCACCAAACACCACUCCCAAAAAGACUACUCCCAAAAAGACAACUCCACCAAACACCACUCCCAAAAAGACUACUCCCAAAAAGACAACUCCACCAAACACCACUCCCAAAAAGACAACUCCACCAAACACCACUCCCAAAAAGACUACUCCCAAAAAGACAACUCCACCAAACACCACUUCCAAAAAGAAUACUCCACCAAAGACCACUCCCAAAAAGAAUACUCCACCAAAAACCACUCCCCCUGUAAAGACUACUCUCAAAAACUAUCCUAAAGUGAAGAAUACUCCAGAGAAAAAACCUAAACCGACACCCAAAAAGGAGCCUCCACCAAAGGCCAAUCCUAAAAAGAACAUUCAACCAAAGACAAAAGUUACAAAGCAAAAACAAACAAAGAUAAAUCUCCAAAAGAACCCAAAACCAGGUUCCAAAAAUGGCACAAACUCUCAGGCCAAGUUAAAUCAGGAUAAGGCCAAGGUGAAAAAGAAAACACCUAAAACAGUGUCUCUAUAUUAUACCACACUUCCCACUCCACAUACAAGUCCAGAACAACUAAGAGAGUACUUUUCUUCCACGAUCUCAUCUAGCGCUAGUGUAUAUGCGACAGUUGCAGGCAUGCCUUUGCCUGAGUCCAGAAUCAAUGUCACAUACAUCAAUAACAACACAGCAACUACAGAUAAAACUCCACUGUGGUAUCAUGAUGUUUCAGCCACAACACCCAGCACUUUUGCAGAUGUCAUAACACCGACUGGAACCGCUCAUUUUGAGGAAGUCAACAUGCCUAGUGGAACCCUGCCUUACAGUGAUAUCAAAAUGACCAGCAACGGUGAUGUCACAGUUACCAGUGGGACCAUUCUCAGUGGUGAUGAUAUCACAGUGUCCUACCGCGACAUCGGAGUGUUCAGUGACACCAUGGUGCUGGACGACGGACUCACUAUGGUGAUCCCAACCAUCAACAGUGAGGAUAUGACAGACCUCGCUUCCUCACCCUGGCUGGACCUGUCUGAGUACAUUCCUGUGAGCAUCCCUGUUCCCACAACAACCUCAGACCCUGCCUUGGCCUCACCUCCCACAACCAUCACAAUGAUAACAGAAAAAUCAGCCAUCACAACUAUCACCAGUCCUCAGCGAAGACCAGAGGAGAACAGUGAGAACAACUCCAUCGACGUCAUAUACAGCAGGAUCAUCGGCAUAGACAACGACAUCUCCCAGAACAAUCUGAUCCCAAAGCGUCGGGUCAACCUCCGAGAGAGAACCAAGAACAAACGCAUUCAGGAGCUUCUGGAGGAGAAGAGGAACUUUCUCCUCAGGAUGAAGAGAGGUCACACAGCAUGAUAGACCAAGCCUUCUCAUUGCUCUUAUAGAGAUGAACGUUUUCCUUACUUUGUAAGCUCUUUUUAAACCCCUCUAAACUGCCAUGAUGCUUUCUAUCAGGCCUUUCCACAAAUAAACUGUCAUAUCACUAUCAUGACAAUCAGGACUUUUGCAGAGAGAGAAUAUCGUCGACAAAUGUUUGAACAGUUGCUUUGAAUAAAGCAAAGCCCUUUACAGUACAGAUUGUAUCAGAUUUGAAGCAAAUCGCCUCGCCUGUGUCAACACAAUAAUGAAAAACAGAAGGGAUGAAAAGUGUACAUCCAGUUUGCCAGUUUGGCCAGCUAUGAGCUUUUAUCCCCCCCAAACCAUCCACAUUCUUGUUAGAGGAUUCAUCAAUGAUGUAAUAAGGAGUAAUGUUUCUGAAAUGCUAUUAUCCCUACUGUUGCUUAUGGAUCAACAAAAUGUACCACCUAGAAUCCAAAUCUCCAUCUCCAUCUUAUAUUACAGCCCAGGACUGCAUCCCUAAACAGAUAUAGCUCACCCCCUCAUAACAGUUACUGUAAGACAGGAUGAAAAUGUCUCCUUGUUUAAGGACCUUGUUGACAUUUUUCAACCUGGACCCCAUUUUCCCAGCUUUCUGUGUCACAGCAUGUAAUGAGAACAACAAUUUUUAAAAUUGGUUCAGUAUUGAGGAAGAACGCCGCAGACGGGCUACAAUGUAAUCAUAUCGAGCAAUUGCACACAGUCAAUGUAUAUCCACUAAAAUUGCUUGUUUUUGCCACGGACAGGCUCAGAUUGUUAUUUUAAAUGUCUGACAACAUUAUGGAAAGGACCCUACAGAAAAACAGAAUGUUUUUUCUUUAUCUUUCAUCGAUCCAGUCUGUUUGUUUCACUCAGAGAAACAUCCUGUCGCAUCCACAUUGUCAAAAUCAGCUUAAUAUUCUGUUAUGACAUAGAAAAUCUUUUGGAUAAUACUAAUCAACACUUUCUGUUCUCCAACACCACAAACUCUGACAUCACCCGCCCUCCUCUCUCCAACUUUCAUUCACGUCUCUUAACAUUAUGUUCUCCUUCAAUACUUGUUAGUCACCUAGGCACUAAAAAUACAGAUGUUACCCUUUAAUUGGCCAGCACUCUGAAAACUCUAUAAACACUGCAAGAUCUUUAGAAGGCGUGAAAGCAAUGUGGUAAUGCUAUACAAUCAGAAAGUCAAAGUUCACUUUUGGUUUAAUUGAUUUGUGUAAAGUUUACGCUGCAUGGAUUGUGUUGCCUUUUCCAACGCAAACAUCUGUUUGCAUGGGGUCCCUCAUCUCUCAGGAAGGUAAGAUAAAGCAUGUUGAGGGACAUUGCUAACCAUGUGGUGCUUCCUGAAUUUUGAUGAUAUAUUUUGAUAUCUCAUUAAGCGAAGUGGAAAAACAAAAUAAGUAAAGAGAAAAAACUAUAUUGAUUGCAUUUUUCUUUUUCUUUUUUUUUACGGCCAGUCUUUUUUUUAUGGUGCUUUUUUGUCAGUGUUUCUAAAAGCGAUGUCCCUCGUGCAUUCAUUUAUGUACACAAAAAUACUAAAAUAUUAUAAUAAAAAUAGACGAUGUUUCUAUUAACUGUAUCAAAAUAGAACCUUUGGAGGCCAGUUUUUUUAUUGGUACAUCUCUAUCUUGCAGCAGCUGCAACCGCAUCUAUCAAUCUUUCUGUUCAAUAUCUGUACAUAUGAAAAAGAACUUAAUGUUUAAUAUUUAUUAAAGUUUAAAUGCUGUGGUAUUUUGCAAAAUGUCAGUGUUGUGUGAGUUGUGUUCCGGUGACAAUUAUCAUGCAGCCCUUCUUUAUCUUUUUGGCUGCAUCUAGUAGUUGUUGCCUCACUCAGUCAAUCCUGAUAUCAUCAGUAGGCAGCGAUAUAAGACUGCACAGCUUCUAGUUAACCAUCAAAUUAUCAAUAGCAUUCCUACAGGCUUUUAUUCAAACUAUGU